GACUGCGCGGCAGCAGCAUAUAUCAAACGCGACUGUUGUGAAGGCGAAUGCUGAAAACUGACAAACGGAAGAAUUAUAGAAGACGCAGGCUCCUGUAUAGCAAGUGUUCAGACGACUAGCGCCAAGUGCUGCAGUGAUUCAAGCUUACAUUAGGCCGAUGCUUUGUCGUAGCAAACCAACCAAAGAAUUGUAACGUAAUUGUUGCAACAAACAAGCAGAAAUAACCUUCUCUCUUUUCUAGUGUGUAGUGCGCGAGUUUUCCUAAGAAUGGUACAAUGGAAUAUGUAAAGUAUUAAACAAAGACAACUUUUGGCGUCAAAUAGACCUCUAUUCGUGUUAGUGGAAGGAAGCUUUUAGGCUGACUAAUGCAAGUGAACGCGUGAUCCACAGGCUAGCAAUUGAGUGUUCUGAGUGACAAUGGAUCGUCGCUAUCAAGUGCCCUUCGAAGCACCGUAUAGUGGUGGGGGCGGUGGCUAUGACAGAGAUCCCAGACGAGGCGGAUACGGGGAGCGCACGUACGAGCAGCCUCAAAUAAAUUCACGAAACAUUAACAGAAAUAGUUUGGAUGGGCCUUAUGGUCGGCCGUCCGACCCACCGUAUGGAGUUCGACUAGAGCCGACGUAUAUCGGACCUGCGCCGAUCUAUGCGACGUCGCGUGAAGUUGUCUUAAGCGGCUCUAGGCAGGAACCAGCCUACAGCCGGCCACAUGAAGAUCCUUACCGAGCAGGCUCUCACCGUGACGGCACGUACAACCCCUAUGAAGAACCACAAUCCCCACCCCAGGGGCCGCCAAUGGACUAUCGGACAGAAGUAAAUACUUCGAGAUCUGGUCGCUUGACGGCAACACUCAAAGCUGAACCUAUUCCAGUUGGGGAGGGACUAAAGCUCAAUCCUGGCUACUUUAAGACCUGUCCUGGAGUACUGAAGAUUCUUCAGAUUGUUAUGGGGAUGGUCUGUUUGGGCUGCUCGACGCCCGCACUAACAGGUUGCGCACGCCUUUUUCUAUUCGUCACGGCGACCUGCUAUAUUUUGACAAUUCUUCUAUGCAUCAUCAUUGUGCUGGGCGUGGAUCGAGCACUCUAUCAGAUUCGAUGGCUUACAGGGGAACUUAUUUAUACCGCCAUUGCAGCGGUGUGCUUCGCCUUAGCAUCAAUUGUUCUUCUAGCUGACAUCAGUUCUUACGACUGGCCUGGAAGGGACUACAGGACUAUUCGCGACCAAUACAUCGCUGCCGGAAUCUUUGGACUGGUACAAGCAUGUCUAUAUGGAUUCGGUUUGUUUUUGUUGUUCAUCGAAUGGAAAGCAAUGAGACCGGUGCCUCCACCUAGAACUGUUACCACCAACUAAAGUACCCACCCGUCGCUGACCUCCAUUGAGACGCACGAUCACAACUGUCGUAGAAAUAUGUAACCCCAAGAGCAAUAAUAACAAUGCUGCUCGGGGUCGUAUUGUUUAUCUUUAAUUUUUAUAACUUAUGUAGGUAAAUGAAAGCUAUUUAAACAUAAUGAGUUCUCGCGGUGGCAUGGUGUUAUUGUAUUACCCAUUUAAGUGCCUAUUUAACUCAAAGACACGCUCGAAGCCCGACAUCGAGACGGUUUGUUUUGUGCUGAAAGCCAGCCAUUGGAAGCAAUGCUUACCAACCGUACCGGACGUGAACUCGAUAAGUUUCUUCUACUUGAACAUGAAGAAGAAGAAAUGUACGACGAAUACUCUGAACGACUUCACGGCAAAGGUGACCCGCGAUAAAUAGAAAUGUAUCUGUUGCUGGUGUACGAAAUCUCUACAAGGUAGUCAACGAAGUGACUACAUGUCCUAUAGUUGGAGUUCUCCACGGAUCGGUCAGUAUAAGAAGUAAAAACUAUAUAAAUAUAGAAAAGUAAAAAUCACGCAUUGAUGCCAAACUGGACAUCGUUAAUAAUGCAUUUUUAAAAUAGCUCCUAGUAGUCAAUUGUGUCUUCGGGAGGUAGCCAAAUCGCUACGGUUGUAUAUAGAUUUAGCGCAUAAUAAACCUAAAAAUGUAAAAUACGUUACUUAGUUUCGAUUGAACAUCUAGAUAAUUACCGUAGAGUUUGAUUAUUUAAGCUUAAAGGUCAAUCUUGGUACAUUUGAAAUGAUACAUAUUCAACAGGAACAAAACCAUAGUGGGCCACAGGA